AUGGAUGUUGGACAGGUGGUCCAUUGGCUUAAUGAUUGUCAUUCUGCUUGUGUAACAGAAAAGCGACACCUUUGCAUUAAGAGAUACCUCCUCAUUUCCUGUGUGGCCUUCCUUUUUCUGGGCAGUAUCGCAGCAGUGCUGAGUCUCUCAGUUAUCUUUGGAAUACCUGUGAAACCUACAAGCCCAUCAUACCGACAAUGUCAAACAGCUUCAAAGCAGCUUGGCUUUUUGUGUGAUGAUCUCACCACCUGCCUACCACCAUCCCUGCUUUGUAAUAGAAAGCUAGACUGCAGUCAUGGAGAAGAUGAAUCCACAGCAUAUUGUGGUCAAAUGCCCAGCAGUCUACCUCAAAACCUGCUAUUUAAGUGCCCUAACCAGAAGUCAUGGACUUACAUAGACAAAGUUUGCGACAUGAGGAAUGAUUGUGGAGAUUGUUCAGAUGAAUCAGGUUUGCAGUGCCCAAUCUGUUCAGGCUGGAGGUGCAAUACAGUUUUCUUUGCUGAUUGCGACUGCAUUCCCAAAGUGCGCUGCAAAGAUGGCAUACAAGACUGUGCUGACUGGAGUGAUGAAAACACAUGUAUGUAAAAGAUUAAUCCCACCCAUCUCUGACUUCUAGAAAGCCAAAACUUUGUUUCCAAAUCAGCAAGACUUAAAAAAAAAAAGUUCUAUGUUUAAAAGAUUUCCUAAACAAAUGAAAACACAAAUACGUGAGUAUUGUUUUUAACUACCAGAUCAUUUCUGGAGCCACUGACCCAGACCAUAUAAUACAAC